AUGUCAAAGUAUAAGAGGAUUCAUCAAGAAUAUCUAGAUCUACAAGCUGGUCUUGAAGGUGCAAAACAAUGGUAUACCGAGAUGAAGGAUACCGUUAAUAGCCUCGAUAAGAAUGUCGAGACAUUUGUCAAUAAUCGUAGGUCAGAAGGCGCUCAACUUCUAAACCAGAUCGAGCAGGAUCGAGCGAGCAAUGCAAAUGGCCAUGCGGAUAGGGAGCGCGAGCGUCUCAGAGGAUUGAUGGAACGCAUGUCUAUGGACCCAUCGACCUCGCCAACAUCCGGCAAACCCCCUCGUAGGGGGUCCAAUGCAUACAGCAACACAUCUCCAUCAGCAAGGUACCCAAGUACAAAUUUUGCUGGACAGUACCAGGUACCCACCUCGCCACCCCCACAAACUACUACUGCACCUCCGACACGCGGCUCUAUACCUGCCCCUGCUAACGGGGGAUAUUAUCCUCAACAACAACCCCAAAGGGCCGAUCCUUAUGGUUCAGUCCCUGGGAGAUCUUCACCAUAUGGUCAAUACAACCCAAGCACGCAUUCCCGCAACGCCUCCCAGCCCAUGUCACCUCCACCAAAUCAGAGCCAAUUUCCGCGCUCACCUCCGCCGCAGCAAACUCAAUUCCAACAAAAUCAACACCACUACGCGACAAUGGCACCGCAACAACAGGGGCAAUAUGUCCCAGCUGGAUAUGUACCCCCGCCCCCACCACCAGGGCCACCACCCCUUGGCCCUCAACAAACCUUUCACCAAGCCGGCAGUUCCAUAACAGGGCAGAAUGACUAUGGAUAUGGAAAUAAUGCUGCUUCUCAUCAACGGGCUGCGUCGCAGCAAAGUUCGAAUGAUCCUUGGGCCGGCCUUAACGCAUGGAAGUAA